AUGACCAUGGAAACAAUUGAAUCUCAGCAGGAUGGAAGUGUAACAGAUUCUGUGGCAGAGAGAGAAUCUGCUGAUAUGCAGACCCAGACUGGUCAAAAUUCAAUCCCUACCUUAGCUCAGGUUUCUGUAGCUGGAUCAGGCACCGGAAGAGGCUCCCCAGCUGUAACUCUAGUGCAGUUACCUUCGGGCCAAACUGUGCAUGUCCAGGGAGUAAUUCAGACACCACAGCCAUCGGUUAUUCAGUCACCACAAAUACAAACUGUUCAGGUAGCAACGAUUGCAGAGACAGAUGAGUCUGCAGAUUCAGAAGGUGUAAUUGAUUCUCAUAAACGUAGAGAAAUCCUUUCACGAAGACCCUCUUAUAGAAAAAUACUGAAUGAACUUUCCUCUGAUGUGCCUGGUGUUCCCAAGAUUGAAGAAGAAAAAUCAGAGGAAGAAGGAACGCCACCUAACAUCGCUACCAUGGCAGUACCGACUAGCAUAUAUCAGACUAGCACGGGGCAAUACAUUGCUAUAGCCCAAGGUGGAACAAUCCAGAUUUCUAACCCAGGAUCUGAUGGUGUUCAGGGACUACAGGCAUUAACAAUGACAAAUUCAGGAGCUCCUCCUCCAGGUGCUACAAUUGUACAGUAUGCAGCACAGUCAGCUGAUGGCACACAGCAGUUCUUUGUCCCAGGCAGCCAGGUUGUUGUGCAAGAUGAGGAAACUGAACUUGCCCCAAGUCACAUGGCUGCAGCCACUGGUGACAUGCCAACUUACCAGAUCCGAGCUCCUACUACUGCUUUGCCACAGGGAGUAGUGAUGGCUGCCUCACCAGGAAGUUUGCACAGUCCCCAGCAACUAGCAGAAGAAGCAACACGCAAACGAGAGCUGAGGCUAAUGAAAAACAGGGAAGCUGCUAAAGAAUGUCGACGUCGAAAGAAAGAAUAUGUAAAAUGUCUGGAGAGUCGAGUUGCAGUGCUGGAGGUUCAGAACAAGAAGCUCAUAGAGGAACUUGAAACUUUGAAAGACAUUUGCUCUCCCAAAACAGAUUAGUAGAAAUAUUUAACUAUGAACUGAUUACAACAUGUACAGUUGCUUUUGAAGGCAAUACAAUAUAUAGCCAGCAAGAAUUACAGCUUUUUUCCUUUGUAUCAUUCAUCAUAUUCUCUAACCUCUGACAUUCCUAAAAUGCCUCACUGUACGUAGUUAACUAUUAGCUAUAACUUCAAUUUUUUAAAAAGAGACAGCUGUAAAAAAUGUAUGUAACAAAUUCUUAAAAUGCAGUAUUUGUAAGACUUGUUCCAAUGCCACAUAUUUGCAGUUCCUAACCUCUGUGUCAUGAAUAGUGUCCUAUGCAAUAAAAUUUUUUUGCAGGUCUUUAAAAAUCAUUUUAGGAAAGGAUGAUCAAGAUAAUGCAUCCAGCAGUACAGUAAAAGCAAACCACAAACAAACAAAAAAAUACCUCAGGAAAGAAUUGAAAGAAAAAAUUGAAAGAAUCUAAUGAUAUGCCUAUAU